AUGUUUGCAGCGACGGCUGGGUGCCGAAGAGCGACCACCACGAACUGGAAGGCUCCAACGAUGCGCAGUGCUGCGAGAAGACCUGUGAACUGUGGACCUGUGGUCCUGGCUAUGUGGCAGACGCCAAGUAUGCUGGAAAUGUGGGCAGCUCGAACGAGCAGUGCUGCGACAAGACCUGCGCAGGCUUCUCAUGCCCAGCCCAGUUCAAGGUGUCCGAGAAAAAGUCUAAAGUUGCUGGGCACACGGAGGAGGAGUGUUGCGAGCCGACCUGCUCCAAAGUCACCUGCUUGCCGAACUACGUCAAAGUGA